CAGAGUUGCAAGACCAAGGAGUAAGGAUAAAAAAGUUUCUAUAAAUAGCAACUUUAAUAAGUGCUCAAGGUCUGCGCGCCAAGAUGAAGGGGUUUACCCGAGCAAGUAAUAGAAGACAUCGCAUUUUACUCGGCAUUACUUUGGUCGUCGCUCUGACAACUUAUAUUGAUCAGGUAUCAAGCCUGCCUGCCGAUACCUCGGACCAAUGGCCGACAUUCCCAAGAAGGAAUAUAGCUGCCCUUGCGAGAGAGGGUUACCUGAAAAGUGUAUCUCCAAGCUACAAGAGAAGCAUUUCCACACUGGCUAAAAACGGACAACUACCGACCUUCCGAGCUCCUUAUAAUGAAGCCGACAAACCGGAACAAGAAGACGACGAGUCGCAUGAGAAAAGAAAUAUUGCUUCCAUAGCCCGUCUCCGUAGUUACACAGCUAUUAAAAGAAACAUCCAGUCAUUAGCUAGAGAUGGCUACCGCGUCGGUAGAGGCCAUUACCAACCCAAUGAGAAACGCAAUAUUGCUUCCCUAGCUCGCAACGGAAUGAUACACAAGAGAGACGAAAUGACUGGUGAUGAAUACUAUUAUCCGUUCUAUCAGAAUCCAGUGCCACCAUUGUCCGAAAUAGACGGUCCUUUUGAUAUCAAUGAAGUUUACGAUUUCCAGCAAUCUGUGAACCCAGAUAUGUUACCACCAUUGUCGCAAGUUUUCAAACGCAGCGAAGCAGGACCGUUGGUAUAUGGUGAUAAUUCCUAUGAAACUGAUUACGAUCGUAAUUGGUAUUUCAAAAGAGGAACUGUAGGCAUGCCUGUGCACGGACUGUACAGACCGAUUUAUAUUGAGCCUACUUCACGCACUAAGAGAUACAUACUUUCUCUGCCCGACGUUAUUGAAAAUAAUGAAAUUGACACAUCAGAAAACAAUGAUAAUGACAAUGAAAACGAAGACAAGAGGUCUGUAGAUGAAGAUGACGUCCAUGAUAAUUUCGUAAAACGUCAUAUUGGGUCUUUGGCUCGGUUAGGUCUUUUGCCGUCUUUUAGGUUCUCAGGAGGCCGUUAUAGCAGAUCUGGAAGAGCCAGACUGUUGUUGCCUAGUCAGGAACUAUACAGGAAGCAUUCCGCUGACGAGAAUUUCGGAGUUAGGGAAUAUUUCUCUAGUCCCGAAACUGAGCCAGCAAUCGAUUCAGACGACUCCGACCUACCGCCGCCGCCAGUACUUGCUCACUCGCACCCGACCGGCCGGUACCUCCACCGCUCGCUGAACGACCUGCCGCCAUCGCCUUCUGCUCUCCCGCCUGCUUCCUCCAACGCCAUCGACUCUUUCACCAAGAAUACCUGGCAGACCGCCAAGGACUUCCCCAGAUUCCAUUACUUCAGAUCACUUAAGGUCCCGUACCAUUCGUCCGGCAAGAGAUACCUCCUGUUGCCCGCCGUCGAUAACAUCAUGCUCAGGAAGACCUACCGCAACAGCAGUCUACCGAGCAGACGCAAGAAUCAGUAGCUAUGCCGCUGCCGAAGCGAUGCAAGAUCGCGCAACUCGAGCAAGGGACAAUAGUUUCAAUAUAACCUAUCCAGCUCUUAAGCAUCGUCAUCGGCAAAAUAUGCGAGGAAAACAAAAGAAGAUCCUAAAUAGGACAAUAAUUAUACAUUUACGUAGAAUU